CUCCCAGCAUCAGUUCAAGAUACAUAUAAUGAGGUUUAUGGACAAUCUACAUCUUUGGAACUCCUCACUCACUUAAAGUGCAAACUAUUUCAAGCUGUCUUGUCCCAUAUCCUCUUACAGCCCAAAAUUCUCAAAGCAUACAGCUCUGGUAUUCUAUUCAACUGCUCAGAUGGAAAAUUAUACAGGCUCUUCCUAAGGUUUGCUUUUUACUCAGUAGACUACCCUGAGAAGUACGUCUUG